CGUCGGCGGCCAUGAACUGGAAAAAAGGAGGGGAUGGAGGCGUGUCCAGGCGCUGGGCCGUGCUGCUCUGCCUCGGGAGCUUCUGCCUCGGCCUGCUCUUCACCAACAGAAUGUGGACACUGCCUGAGGCAACUGAGAUUGCGCGGCCGAAUCAAAACGACGAGGAAGGUAACAACGUAGCUGCUGGAGAUUGUGGUUCUAAAAAGGUCCAAGAACUGCAAAGCUACAAAGACGUGUUACAAGUUCAAGAUGCUCAUCAAGAUGUACAGACACUAGAUAAGACAAUAGCGAGCUUAGAGACAGAACUCUCGGCUGCAAGGACCCUGCAAGAAUCCUUGCUAAAUGGUUCCCCCGUUGCAGAAGAGUUCAAAGUUUCCGAGUCGAUCGUGAAGAGAAAGUACCGCAUGGUGAUUGGAAUCAAUACCGCCUUUAGCAGUCGCAAGAGGAGAGACUCCAUACGUUACACCUGGAUGCCUCGAGGUGAACAGAGGAAAAAGCUUGAAGAAGAGAAGGGAAUCAUUAUUCGUUUUGUCAUAGGCCACAGCGCUAUAUCAGGUGGAAUUAUCGAUAGAGCAAUUGAAGCAGAGGACAGAAAACAUGGGGAUUUCAUGAAAAUAGACCAUGUUGAGGGAUACCUUGCACUAUCUGGCAAAACCAAGACAUACUUUUCUACAGCUGUUUCGUUAUGGGAUGCAGAUUUUUAUGUGAAAGUUGACGAUGAUGUGCAUGUUAACAUAGCAACGCUUGGACAGAUUUUGUCCAAACAUGCUUGGAAGCCUAGAGUAUAUAUUGGGUGCAUGAAAUCUGGACCUGUCCUAUCUGAAAAGGGCGUGAGAUACUAUGAGCCUGAGCACUGGAAAUUUGGUGAACCAGGCAAUAAGUAUUUUCGACAUGCUACUGGUCAAUUGUACGCUAUUUCCAAAGAUCUAGCGACCUACAUAUCUAUAAACAAGCAUGUCCUGCACCAGUAUAUAAACGAGGAUGUUUCACUAGGAUCUUGGUUCCUCGGGUUAGAUGCGGAGCACAUUGAUGAACGGAGACUUUGUUGUGGUACUCCUCCUGAUUGCGAAUGGAAAGCUCAGGCGGGGAACAUCUGCGCCGCAUCUUUCGAUUGGAAAUGCAGCGGCAUAUGCAAUUCUGAAGGGAGGAUCUGGGAGGUGCACAACAAGUGCGCUGAAGGAGACAAGGCGCUGUGGAAUUCCACUUUCUAGCGCAAAUGAAACACCACAGAAGCAAAAGCAGAAGCUUGCCUGUGUGUUAGUUGUAUAUUAGAUUGCCCACGGUGCUGUGUAUGUAAUUCAUCUGUAGGUAGCUAUGAUUUGGUUCUGGGACUGGCUGACACCGACGAAGCGGACCACAAUUUUACGUAGUGUCUGUCUGCCGGUGGCGGUGAAGGUGACGAAGGCCAGAAGGUAUACGAGCUGUUGAUGCAUUCUUUUCGCAGAUAAAAUGUUUCAGGUGGCCAUUUUGUAUCGAUCUCCUGUACUGUUUGGCCACCGAGAUGGCGAGAUGUAUGACCAGAAUAAAACUCCCCCUGAAUGCUGAUACUUCCUUUCAGUGCAUUCUGGACCAGUUGUACUAGUUCUGUUGAGAGUAACAGUUGAGGCUCACUUGAAAUGAAAGAAUUUUUUUUUCCAUCA